UCAUUCUUUCUUCCAAUCAGAAGGUCCCAGCUAUGCGUUGAGUCUUCUUCUCUAUCUUCUAUAUGUAUGCUUACAAGAGUUCCUGUUUAGCUCCGCCAAACAGGACGCACAAGCAAAUCGUUGCCGAAAGAGAAUCAUCAGCAACAAUAGGAUAAGGAGGAGUUGGGGGUGGGGGAACAUGCGAGGGGUGGUGCCGAAUGCGAACGUACAACGACCAACUUCCCUUGAAUAGUACAGAUCUAACGGACGACGUGGCAGCAACAAGUUGGACACACGUUGCAAAGGGACGUCGACAUAACUAAUGGGUCAAGGUCAACAUGAGCAAUCUAUAUCCCAGUUCAAGACAAAGCUGCGUAUGCCGUUGGAUUUGGUGUCUGUGUUUCUCGCCUUCACACUGGAAAGCAGCCUAGACAAUUUCCGAAGGGCAUCUCCUGAUGAGGAGUUGAUAUCGGGUGCAUUGGAGAUUACUCUUUGCUUCCCCUGCAUGGUUCUGAGAUUCUACAUGAUGGCAGCCAAUCUGUCAUUCAUGCCUCCAAACAUCCUGAUUUUCAUGGACACCGGCGCUGCCGUACUUGCCUGUUAUGUGCUACUACUGGACAUCAACUGGAGCUUCAGAUGGCUCACCAUGUUCCCCGUCAUGGGCAUUGUUUUCAUAUAUGCCCUGUCACGGCUGUACUCGAAGCCCUAUACUCGAGGUGAAGAUCGUGAAGAGGCCGGGAUUAUCCCCUGUUCAAAAAUAAAAGAAGGUGAAGAUCGUGAAGAGGCCGCGGUUAUCUCCUGUUCACAAAUAAAAGAAGGUGAAGAUCGUGAAGAGGACGCGCUUACCUUCUAUUCACAAAUAAAACAAGAUGGUGAUGAUGGCCAUUGCAAGGCAAACCAAGGCAGUAAAGGAGAAAAUUUGUCGACGAGGAAUACAGAAGAAUCUAGCAAUGAGAAGAUCACUAGGGUAAUAUUUCUGCAGCUUGAGUUCAUAGGGAUAAUAACGUUCGGGGCGCUAUGGGCGAUGGACGAGCUGCUACUUGAUGAGCAUGCAACUGACAGGUUCACCAUCUCCCAGUUCCUCCUGUUCCUGAGCUUUAUACUGGCAGCACUGACGUCCAUGAUGAAGAGACUGCCUACUGACGUCUCCCCGGGCAUUGCACCGGCAUCGGAGUUGCUCCACAAGACCUUGCUUGUACUCCUGCUGGUGACAGCGCACACGGUGGCCGCGGAGGCGCUGGGCGAGGAAGUGAUUCUCCUCUGCAUGCCAGAGGUUAUCCCAGUUGUGCUAAUCUGGUUCAGUAUUCACCACGGCUCCGUCAGCGACCAGGUGAUUGAAACUUAUAAAAGGUGGGAAUGGCGCAUUUCUCUAGGUGCAGUGGUAGCUCUUUUUUUGGCCAAGAUUGAUGAGUCCGUGCGCCCCGGCUGGUGCACGACAAUAUUUGUUUGCUGUGCCAUCUCAGGGCUCCUGGCCAACUACGUUGUGUUCAUGCUAAGUCAUUGGCCAGGGCAAGAACCGGCUGAUGACAAGCAGGAACCAGGGAAGCUUCUUGUUCAACCCGCCGAUGACAAGCAGGAUCCGGGGAAGCUGGAUGUACAAGCCGCUGAUGGAAAGCAGGAUCCAGGGAAGCUGGCUGUGGAAUUACUGAAGCAUUGGGCAAAUGACUUACUGAUAGCCGCAGCUGCGUUGCUGCUAGUCAGGUAUCUGCUCGUUCACGGGCUUGGUUGGAAAGAAGCACUUACUGCACUAAGCCAAACCUUUGAACGAUUGAUUUCAGCAGUGAGAGGACACACAAAUACUUUUUGGUCCAUCAUGCCAUUACUAUGUUCUGCCCUAUUCAAUUUGUUGUCCAGUUCAAUGAACCUCCACAAGGAUUCCCCAGGAAUAGCAACAGUGCAAUGGAGCUUUGGUAUUUGCUAUAAUGUGUUGAUUGUACUUCAUAUGUUCUUCUUUACAGGUGAUGUAUCCCAUACUCUAUAUUAUAAGUACAAUAGUAUUGCCUUACUUUGGAAAGGAAUGCAGCGCAUUCUUGUAAUAUGAAAUGAUUAAUGUAUUGCACGGUACAAAAUGCACGAUCAUUGUAUGAAUAAUGUAUUGGCACAAAUGCCCGUGGGUAACAACGGGAUAUAUUGUGAUAUAUUGUUA